CAUGUAAGCCAGGACAAGCACACAACUUAACUUGCCUCCCCGGAAACCAUAUUCAUUUUCUAAUGUAAUUUCUCUUUCUCUGUCUUUUCUUCUAUAAAUUCCUCGUCUGCUCUCCUUCCCCUCCCCGUUCUCUCCAUCUUCCACGCAUUUCAAGUUUGCCAUUUUCAAACUAUCUGAACAUUAAACAAAAUCGAAGAUGAGUAGACAUCAAACACUAUGGCUUCAACUUCUGCUCUUACUGUUUUGGGCACCGAAUGGAGAAGCACGGUACAUGAAGUACAAGGAUCCUGAACAACCGAUAAGUGUUCGAAUCAAGGACCUGAUGAGGCGAAUGACCUUACCCGAAAAGAUUGGUCAAAUGACACAGAUUGAGCGUGGAGUUGCAUCAGCUCAAGUCAUGCAAGACUACUUCAUUGGUAGUGUGCUGGGUGGUGGAGGGAGUGUGCCAGGCCCUCAAGCUAGUCCUGAAGAUUGGGUGAAUAUGGUUAACGGUUUUCAAAAGGGAUCCCUCGCGACAAGAUUGGGGAUUCCUCUCAUAUAUGGGAUCGAUGCUGUUCAUGGGCACAAUAAUGUCUAUAAAGCCACUAUAUUCCCUCAUAAUAUUGGCCUCGGAGCAACCCGGGACCCUCUACUUGUGAAGAGGAUUGGCGCAGCAACGGCUCUAGAAGUAAGGGCGACCGGUAUACCGUAUGUUUUUGCCCCUUGUGUAGCUGUAUGCAGAGAUCCGAGAUGGGGUAGGUGCUACGAGAGCUAUGGAGAAGACCACAAUCUCGUCCAGCAAAUGACCGAAAUAAUCCCCGGUUUACAGGGUGAUAUACCUGCUAACCACAGCAAGGGUGUUCCUUAUGUUUCUGGAAAGGAGAAAGUUGUGGCCUGUGCAAAGCAUUUUGUCGGUGACGGUGGCACUCGCGAUGGCAUAGACGAGAACAACACGAUUAUCAACCGUCAUGGACUGCUUAGCAUCCAUAUGCCUGCCUACUACAACUCGAUCAUCAAAGGUGUCUCGACGGUUAUGGUUUCGUACUCAAGCUGGAAUGGUGUGAAGAUGCAUGCCAAUGCUGAUCUAGUCACUGGCUUCCUCAAGAAUACUCUUCGGUUUAGGGGCUUUGUAAUCUCCGAUUGGCAAGGAAUCGAUAGAAUCACAAGCCCGCCAGGUGCAAACUACACUUACUCUGUGCAAGCUGGAAUCAAUGCUGGUAUCGAUAUGGUGAUGGUUCCAUACAUCUACACCGAGUUCAUCAAUGAUCUUACUUUCCUAGUAGACAACAACUUCAUCCCCAUGAGCCGAAUUGACGAUGCCGUAAGAAGGAUCCUAAGGGUCAAAUUCGCAAGUGGCCUAUUCGAGAACCCUCUGGCUGACCUUAGCUUAGUCGAUCAGAUAGGAAAGCAGGAACACAGGGAUUUAGCAAGGGAAGCCGUUCGGAAAUCGCUCGUGUUGCUGAAAAAUGGAAAAGGUCCAAAUGAUUCUCUGUUGCCUCUUCCUAAAAAGGCGGCAAAAAUCCUUGUUUCGGGAAGUCAUGCCGAUAACUUGGGCUACCAGUGUGGUGGAUGGACAAUUCAAUGGCAAGGAGCAAGCGGAAACAUCACAGUCGGAACAACGAUACUUGAUGCCGUGAAAUCUGCAGUUGAUCCUUCGACUGAAGUUAUCUAUUCUGAGAAUCCUGAUGAAAAUUUUGUCAAAGACAGCGGCUUCUCGUAUGCCAUUGUUGUGGUUGGAGAACCCCCCUACGCGGAGACAGCCGGAGACAACACCAACCUCACGCUUCCCGACCCUGGCCCGGGCCUGAUUCAGACUGUCUGUGGUGCCACCAAAUGUGUUGUUGUCAUCAUCUCUGGUAGGCCUCUCGUCAUCGAGCCUUAUGUCGCCAUUAUGGAUGCUCUUGUCGCUGCUUGGCUUCCCGGGACAGAAGGGCAAGGCAUCACCGAUGUACUCUUUGGAGAUUAUGGAUUCACGGGGAAGCUUCCGCGCACCUGGUUCAAAUCUGUCGACCAACUGCCUAUGAAUGUGGGUGACAAAAACUACGAUCCAUUGUUUCCCUUUGGUUUCGGCUUAACAACCGAGCCAAAAGUGUCCAGGUAGAACUAGAUGAAAAGGUAGUGAUGCCUUUUGGUAGUUUAUGUACUCGGUCCAUUUCAGUAUCAGUAACCAUGAUAUGUCGAUGCACCAUCUAUUGCUGCUUUCUUUAGCUAAUUUGGUAAUCUUAACUAUUCAGUUUCCUGUGUGUGUGUCAUUGAUACAACCCCAUCAAUUUGGAUGAGAUCAGUUUUUUGUUUUCA